AUGUCAGUUGUUCAUUGCAUUCUUUCUCUCACUGAAGAGGAACUCGAACAGGCAGUUAAUCUCCAUCUUGCAGCAUACGAGGGCGACACCGCUAUCAAAAUCAUGAUAGGAGGUGACUGGAGCCUCCACCCAUUGCUUGCUCGUGCUAUGCUUCGCGCCGCUCUUCUCGAGGGUCACAUGUACGCGGUCAAAGACGACGAGACCAAUGCUAUCGUUUCUUUUGGUCUCUGGUUUGAGCCGGGCGUCGUGAUUUUCUCAACUGAAGCGCAACGUGCUUUGGGAUACGAUGAAUUAUUCCGAAAAUUGAAACCGGAGGUGCAGCAUUGGUGGACCAACGCGUACCCGGAAACGAUCAAAAAGUACGGCGAACCUUUGUUCACGGAACAGCAGAAAACCAAACGAUGGUGGUGUGCGAACCUGGUCACAGACCUGAAUCACCAAGGACGAGGCCAUGCGACCGCUAUUGUCAACGCUGUUCGCUCCAAGGCUUCAGAAUCAGAUAAUUUUAUUGCUCUUGCGACUCACACGGCGUUGAACGUCUCCAAGUAUAAAGCCAUGGGAUUGCGGGAGGUAGGAGAUCAUAUCCUCCCCUCUCCGAUACAAGACCUUCAUAUGCAUUAUAUGAUCCGCGAUUAG